GUAAUCACUUCCCCACACAUGCUGGUAUUCCUGCUGAUGGUUGAGGUGGUGGCGGCGGCUGAGGUUCACCUGUUAGUAGGAGCACUUUGCUGUUUGACAACUAACUUCAGGGUUCUCAGUAAAGAUGGAUGAACUGCAAGAUGUCCAGUUGACAGAGAUCAAGCCUCUCCUGAAUGAUAAGAACGCAGCUCGAAACUUCCAGGACUUUGACUGUCAGGAGCAUGACAUCGAGACGGCUUGUGGAGUUGUUCAUGUCACUAUGCGGGGCACAUCAAAGGGAAAUAGGCCUGUCAUCCUCACAUACCAUGAUAUUGGCCUUAACCAUAAAUCUUGUUUCAAUGCUUUCUUCAACUUUGAAGACAUGCAGGAGAUCACCCAACACUUUGCUGUAUGCCAUGUCGAUGCACCAGGGCAACAAGAAGGGGCUCCCCCUUUCCCCUCUGGAUACCAGUACCCCACUAUUGAUGAACUCGCUGAAAUGCUCCCUGCUGUUCUUACACACCUGAGCCUGAAAAGCAUAAUUGGUAUUGGAGUUGGAGCUGGUGCUUAUAUCCUCAGCAAGUUUGCAUUGAAUCACCCUGACUUGGUGGAAGGCCUGGUGCUUAUUAACGUUGACCCAUGCGCAAAAGGUUGGAUGGACUGGGCAGCAUCCAAGUUUUCUGGGUGGACAACCAACAUUGUGGAUCUUGUUCUGGCUCACCAUUUUGGUCAUGAAGAACUGCAAGCUAAUCUGGAGCUGAUCCAGACAUACAGACUUCAUAUUGCACAGGACAUCAAUCAAGAAAACCUUCAGCUCUUUGUCACCUCCUAUAACAGCCGAAGAGAUCUGGACAUUGAGAGGCCAAUCUUGGGUAUGACUGAAGAGACAUUAAAAACGCUCAAGUGCCCUGUAUUAUUAGUGGUUGGGGACAGCUCACCUGCAGUUGAAACUGUGGUGGAAUGCAAUUCCCGAUUGGAUCCGACAAGUACAACACUCCUGAAGAUGGCAGACUGUGGAGGGUUGCCCCAGGUUGUUCAGCCUGGGAAACUGACUGAAGCCUUCAAGUACUUUGUGCAAGGAAUGGGCUAUAUCCCUUACGUGCAGCUCAGUCACUUGAGCACUGAGUCAGUGCCAUCUGCUAGUAUGACCAGGCUGAUUCGCUCCCGGACCCAGUCAUCUUCAAGCGUAGGUUCUGGAGAAAGCACUCAGACACGGUCUCAGACCAGCAACCCGGGAGAGGCAAAGAUUGGAAUGCAUGAAACAGCUGAUGUCCAUGGCACUCCUCAGACAAUGGAAGUAUCCUGCUAAGCAAGCUCGUGUAUCCAGACAAUCCAUUUUCUUCCCUUCUGAACCCACCCAAAAUUCAGUGUUCACCCAGACAAGUGGCAUUAACAGGUCUCCCCCCCCCCUCCUAAGUUGUGCCUGUCCAUCCUACUUGCCACCUCUUCACCUGCCUGUCUCGGCUACGAAAAACACAGGCUGUGUACAAAUGUACCUGAAAACAGGAGCUCAGGCUAUGGGGGGGUGUUUUGUUGAAGGGUGAGCGCUGCUUUUCCCCCUGCCUUCACUCCUGUACUGUACAUACUCAGUACAACUGCUAACAUUCCAUUGGUGCUAGCGGAGAGAGUUAUUGUAUAUGAAGGCACCAUCCUUUCUCCUAGCUUUCUGUGCUGUCUAACCAUGUGAGAGUGGUGGGUCUCCCCUGUCUUCUUAAAAUUCUUCUAGCAAUUUCUGUGGCUUGUGCACUUAGAACUGCUUUCUAGUUGUGCUUCUACUGAAGGUUGUUAGGGUUCUUGGCUGCAGCCUUUACAAUGUUUUGGGGAUAGGGGUAAAGAGAACUCAAAAGUUUUAAAAGCUUUGGGGGUAGAUCUUGAAUCCUGUGCUGUCCAAACUCUUGAGUGGAUCACAGCAUACUGCAUAGUUAGUUGACCCUGCAGAAGAGUUUAGAUCUGUCAUAGUUGAGCUGAAGAAAAAAAUUAUUGUAAUGCAAAAGGAUCUGCCACCGGGGCUGCUGGACCAAAGAUUAAAGCAGAUUUCACCAACCUGGUCCCCUUCAGAUGUGUUUGGGCUCCCAUUCUCAUGCUGGGUGGGGAUUAUGGGAGUGGUAGUCCAAACAAAUCUGGAGGGCACCAGGCUAGUGAAAACUGGAUGAAAGGAAAGGGCAAGGCUUCUAACAGGUUUAACUCUCACUAAGGAAGGUGCACUUAUUGACCGGAGUAUGAGGGAUUUAUACAUUCUACAAUAGGUAGAACUCUAUUAUAGUGACAUUAGAAAUGGAUCUAGAUACUUUAGGUGACUUUUACCACCCUGGGGGAAGCCAGUGCUUUCCCAAGUUGAAGAAAACCUAAGAUCUAGUUAAAGAUGUUAAUGCAAAUGUCUUACCACAACUGUUCAAUUACAGUAACUUGCACCACAUAAUUUCUAAAAUUAAACUAACAUUGAAAAUUCAGGAAUAUAUUUAUAGUUGAAAUGAGUGAGGUGAACUCUGUUAUAUCAAACAACAACCUAGAGUUCUGACUCAUUAAUGGAGAUUUGAGACUUUUUGUUCUAGGUCCAAAUAGCCAUGCAGUCUUCUGUAAUAAAAUUCCAGUUUUGAUGUAAUAGAUAGAUUAACAGUGCCAUCCUAUGCAUGUCUACUCAGCAGUCAGUUCCACUACAUUUUAUGUGUGUUUUUCCUGGAAAAGUAUGCGUAGGUUUGGAGCUUAAGCCUGCUUCAUAAUUUCAAAUGGAUAGGUCAAAAAUUGUGAAUUAUUUGUUCUGCACUUGUUAAAGCAGUGGUACUCUGAUGCAUUAAAAUUACAACACUA